UUUAGUUUUAUUUUAUUUGAAAAAUAUUGGCUCCUUUUUUUUUUUGUAUGCACAUCUGUUUACUCUUAACUGUUUCAUUCUGUGCCUCGCUUCUCACUCACAUCACCGACUAACAACUGUGAGUGUGAGUGCUCUCGCAAGGUUUAGCCACGAAAGUUCUGAAUUGGCAGGGAAAUGGGUCGCGGGGUGAGUAGCGGUGGUGGUCAAAGUUCCUUGGGUUAUCUCUUUGGCGGCGGAGAGACUGCUGCCAGCAAUAUCCAAGGUGGGCGUGCUCAAAAUGCUGAUGUUGCUCCUCCGCCUGUAAAUGGUGGGCGUGCUCAAAAUGCUGAUGUUACAAACAAUCAAGUUGAGCCUGUAAUUGGCGGGCGGGCUCUAAAUGCUGGUGCUGCUUCACCACCUAUUGAUAAGGAAAUUCCAGCUGGAGUUCCUGGGUGUCUCAAAAACAAUUACCACCGUGCUGAUGGGCAAAACUGUGGCAACUUUCUCACUGAUCGACCAUCUACCAAGGUUCAUGCUGCUCCUGGUGGUGGGUCUUCCUUGGGUUACCUCUUUGGUAGUCCUGGUGGUAAUUAAUUCAUCAAUGUGACUUUAAAGAAUGCUUUGCAUUCGAACCUACCAUGUGUAAAGUAGAUAGUAGCUUGGGUUUAAACAGUGGACUUGUUUCUUGUGCAAUUAAACCCUUGACAAUGUUGGAGUGGCUUAAUGGAAUUAAGCUGAUUCAUAGGUUUGUUGUUUCAUGGAAUUAUGUGGGACUCGAUUUCUGAAUUUACUAUGAGCUAAACUUGCUCACAAUUGCUAUAGUAUUGUGAUCAUAUUCUAUUGUAAUGCUGACUCUUUUGUAAUCACUCGUGGUUAGCUAGUUAGCCUCGUUGCAUGUCCUGCUUCUGUUACAGCAGCAAUGAGGGAAAAGUUUAUUUUCUUUGCAA